CUUCAUCACCUUCUUCACCUUCCUUAGUGCCCCCACCUAUCAUUAUUCUUUUCAUCAACAAAGGUGGGCCAAUUUAGCUAGCUUGAUUUCUCCUUUUCUGCACCUAGGCAUUUAGAUAUGGGCCACCUAGCUGAGACGGAGCUCAUUUGGCCUCUCAUGACUUUUGUGCACUCAGGAGUUUCUGAUUCCUUCCAUUGUCAUGAGUAAGAGUAUUGUUAAUUGUCAUAGCAGUCCUUCAGAGAUUGAAAGAGAUCGAGAGCCAUCCUCCCCACGAAGGAUCCCAUAGUGAUAUGUCCUUUUUAUCUUAGGUAAGUGUUUUCGCUAUUACAUGAUCAGGACUUGUAUGUUUGUUUAAUGCUUGAGGAGGGGAGGGUAUGGCUGUCUUCCUCGGUCGUUUUCUUUGAUGGUGAUUUGACCUCAUGGGGACCGAGAGAAGAAAAAGGUAGCAGCUUCGGUGAAUCGAGUAGUAUCCCAGUGAAGCCAAGUUACUAGAGAACCCAAAUCUUUUCCUUGAUCCAACUCUUCGUAUGACUCAUUCCUUUUGUCCAUCAAAUCUAACAAUGGACCAUCAGGAAGACAAAAAAAAAACGAUGACAGUGCCACCAGUGCACCUCCCAUGAUCUCGCUCGCAAGAAGUCCAUGGUGUCCCUGUUCAUGCAGCUUGUGGUGGAAACUUGAAUCACAAGAUUGCAAAUGACCUGCACACCUGCUGUUGAUGAGCACAACCAGCUUGAGAAUUUGAGGACCGCUUGCUUCGGCAUUGGAUACACAUUCUCAGUAGAGCGACGGCAAGAAAUCGUCGCCCCAGCCGUGAUUGAUUCACAUGGAGUUGACGACAAAGUCCUGUUAAAUGCGGAGGUCGCAGGGAUAAGGAAAGGAGAGAAUGUGCAUUAAUGCUGUAGGGGCCAGGGAAGGAGUGCAGGUAUGGGCGGUCAGCUUUAGUACUUCAACAAGAUCCCGUUGUGCGAUAAUAGAUUCCUACCGUAGGAAAACGGCAUGUGGAUUUGCUCUUCCGUGUACCACUCCGUGUUUCCCUUGGAUACGGUGAAUCUACAGGGGCGUCUUCCCUGAUACUGUGAAUGCGAUUGCUUGCAUGACGCUGACAAAUUGGAUGUUUGUUUCUUGUCAAAACUCUUGUACGAAGCUCCUAUUUCAUAGAUAGAUAGCAAUGUAAAUUAAUCUGCAACUUGUCCUCUGUAGCUUGCAUUUACCAUCACAAUUUAGCAAUCAAGGAGAAGUACAAAAAAAAUCUCUUUCUGACAUUGUCUCUGGAAGCACAGAAUUGGAGAAUGCAUUGGAAGCAUCAGAGUACAGAAGCACGAGAUGAGCUGAAAAAUAUCACAAGAUAUCGUUUUCGUGUGUUUUCUGGACGCGAUGAGGUUUCGAUCCCUGGUCGGCGGCCGACACCAUGAUCACGGUGGACACGCCGCGAAGGAGAUCGACCUCGGGUACUCUGCUUACUGCUUCACCUGGAUCGAGCCACGCCCUCGCUUCGGUAUCUUUUAUAGUCAGCUUUGGCAUGUUGGGAACUGAUGGUGCCAGUGUCACAUUGGAGUUUGGUUAUGUUGAGAGAAAGUUAUUAACAGUGAUCAAGUUUGUUCCUCUCAUUUUUUUGCAACUCACUUUGCAAAAGAUAAUUUCAUUUCCUGUUGAAUGGAGACCUGGUCACCCCUCUUCACCCCCUGCAAGUGGAUUCAGCCCCAUGAGGUGGCUCCUCACCACGGCGGCGUACAGCUCCUCAUAGGGCAAUCGACCUGAGAACGGAGGCAAGAAGUCUUGGGGAAGAGAGGCAGGUGAUGACCACCAUCCAUGAUAGGUAGAUAAUUCAUGUAGAUAGUUUCUCGAUGCAAAGUGUAGAUAGUAAUAUUUGUUGAUAAUUAAUUGACUUCUAAUAGGAAUUUUGAGAACUUUCAUCUUUUCCUCCA